AUGGCUGGUAGAGGUAGACCUGUCGGUGCUACAAAUGAACUCCUGGAGCGCAUGACCCAAGUCUUAGAGACUUUGGCACAUAACCAGGAGGCUGAACCAGCCGAGUAUAGAGGACUUUCUUCUUUUACUAGGCAUAACCCUCCAAAAUUUAAGGGAAAGUUUGAUCCUGAGGGAGUUCAGAGGUGGAUAGCAGACAUGGAGAAGAUUUUCCAUGCCAUGGGAUAUAGAGAGGAGCAUAAAGUAACUUAUGCUACUUAUAUGCUGAGUGGAGAAGCUGAGAACUGGUGGAGAUUUGCUAGUCAAACUCUACUGCAAGAAGAUGAUUAUAUUCCUUGGGAGACAUUCAAGGCAACCUUCCUAGGAAAUUAUUUCCUUAGAGAUUUAAAGAAACAGAAGGCUAGGGAGUUCCUUGAGUUGAAACAAGGAAACAUGUUUGUAGGUGAAUAUGCUGCUAAAUUUCAUGAAUUGAUGAAAUACUGGUCUCACUAUCAACAUAAUGAUGGAGAGGAAGAUCUAUGUGCUCAAUUUGAACAUUGGCUUAGGCCAAAUAUUCGAGCUGCUGUUAGUGUAUUCCAGCUGACAGAUUUACCCACUCUAGUGAGUAAAUGCAGAAUAUUUGAAGCCAAUACUAAGGGUAAGAUGGUGGAUACCAGAAUCGGUGGUCCUGUGAGGCAAGACCGAAUGCCUCCAAGAUUUUCUAGAGGACCUUACUCUAGUCCAAAUCAGUCUCAAGUGAAGGGGACUGUAUCUCAAGAAGAUAGUAGUGGUGGUUCAGGUUCUUUCAGAAGGCCACUAAAAUGUUUCAAGUGUGGUGAACCUCACAUUAAAAAGAAUUGUCCUCAACUUCCACCAACAUGUGACAUUUGUGGGAAAAUGGGACACUCUGCAGUGUCUGUUGGUCUGCUCCACAAAAGAGCGGAAGCAUGA